AUGGAGACUGACCUGCUGCAGCCUUCCUCCCCCGUCGUGAAGAUCGAGGGAGGUUAUCGACCAACUUCCAAUGGUAUUCCCUUUGCAGGACACGCCGCGCCAGAACAUGUUGGAAACUUUUCCCAUUCCCGCGAAGGUGUCCCCGACGAUUCAUUGGUAGCAUGGCGGUCCUUUGCGGCUGCCAGCCAGCAAACCAUUGACCGGUACUUGGAAGUCUACAUGGAAUUCAUCUAUCCACUGUUCCCACUCUUCCACGGACCGACGAUGUGGGAUCGCGUUCGCAGACAGCACUAUCUUGUGGAUCGAGGCUUCUUCGCUUCAAUCAUGGCAGCAUGUGCGCUAGCAGCUGCUAGAACUCGCGACGGCGCCACGGGCGAGAAAUACCAAUCUGAUCAGGGUGCAUCCCAAUCUUCAGAGACCUUCUUCGCGGCUGCGCAGGAUGCUCUUCCCAAGGACCUCAGCAAAGCCACGGGCCUUGGAUAUCUUCGUGCUUAUGCGCUGCUGGUGCUUAGCAGUAUUCAACAUGGUCGAUUGCAAGCCAUGCAUCAGUACAUGGGGCACUACAUGACCUUGAGUGCCAUGCAGCAAUUCCACGAUGAGAAUAAGUGGCCCGUAAAUCUUACUGUCGUCGAGAAGGAGGAGCGCCGCCGACUCUUCUGGUGUGUCUACACUCUAGACAUAUACAUGUCUGCGGUCUUCGGCACCAUCUCGAGAUCGCAAGAAACGCAUUCGAACGUGCAGUAUCCGAGCGAAGUUGAUGAUGAAGAUAUCUCCUCCGACUCGAUAUCCUCGUCGUCCGACGACCUGCAUUGGCUUCGGGGAUGGAACUUUACGACCGAUCUAUAUCGCAUCCUUGAGCAUACCCUGAAACGACUGCGACGGAAUAAGCAAAAUCUCACCGAUGACCGAACAUCAAUCGUUCGUCUGCUUAUAGCAGACAACGUUCCCGACCUGCAGGUCAUGGAGACAAUGCUUGACCUGUAUUAUGCAUUACCGCCUCGCUUCAAGGACGCCCAGUCGCCAGCCACGGGAGAACGAAGUCAUGAUCUCAUUCGCUUCCAAGCAGCGAACGUCCAAGCAACACUGCAACUUGUACGAAUAGUGCUCUUCGAAUCUAGCAAUUGGCAGGAUCUGGAUCGAAAGUGCGAAGUCGCCGAGCAAGUCCUGACAACCUUCUCCAACAUCCCAGCUCACUAUCUCCGCGCGAUCUCUACGCCAUUGGUAUAUCAUCUUGGUGGCAUUGGCAAGAUCCUCGCUUCCGUCGUGCAAGACGUGCUCACAGAGGAAAAGUACCAAAGGGUCCGCGCAUUACUAGGAUCUCUCGCCGAUCUCCUCGAGGACCUCGAAUCUGGCCUCCAACCCGCCGCCGGAGCAAGUAAAGAGAUUCGCGCCCACAUCGACAAAAUCGACCACUUCAUGGAAGCUCAGCGCCAAAUGCUGGCUUCCUUCGCUCAAGCUCCUCACUCGCUUGAAAAUAUACCGGAAAUGUCCAUGAACAAUGGCACUCAAAAUGGUGUGGAUCACGGGCAUCUCCAUCUGCCUACCAACUCGCUUGGGAUGAGGACACCGUUGGAUGAGUUUCAGCUUCCUGGAGACCUCACUGCAGGGUGGCCUUUUCCAUUUGCAUUGACGCCAGGAGACGAUCAACAGUUGAGCGGAUUCCAUGACGAGACUCGGGCGUGA